CAGUCACAUUUCUUAUUUGAUUUAUUAAAUGAUCAUCAAUUGACACCUGGAAAUAAGACAGUUAAAUGGUAAGUGUCAUUGACCAAGAAGCUCAAUGAAAUGUAAGCUUUCCUCUGGGAAUAUAUGAGUUUAUUCUGUAAUUAAGCCAUGUUUAAUAAUGUGAAAUAUAAUAAGAAAGUUAUACCUAAAUAAAUGUUUUAAUAAAAAUGCUUUUCUUAAUUAAUUUGCCAGUUAAGUUUCAUUAAAAAAUAUUAUACAUAAAUCAAUGUCAUAUUUCAUAGUAUUUGCCUAAUUUAUUUUCUCAAACAUUUUUUGAGGCAGGUCCUUUGACUUAUCAGAGACUUUUCAAAAGAACAGGAUAACCAGAUAACCCAUGUAUUUAGAACAAUAAACUAGGAAUGUCUGCAGGGAUUGAAGAAUAAUAAUCUCAGCAUAUCUUUCAUAAGUCAGAAGACCAAUAAAAACUGGGCAGCAUGUCUAUAUAAUACUAAAAUAAUAUUAAAUCAUAUUCAUCUUUAGACUGUUCUCCCCAAUGAGACAAACCCAAACAUCAGAUAACAUUUUUAUAUGAAAUAUAGAGUAUAUUGGUUCUUCAUAAAAUGAAGGCAAACAAGCUUGUCUAUUCAACUGAAGAGAGAAAAAAAACACUUCAAACAUGAGAGGAUAAACACACAAAAAAGCAAGAACAAAUGAACCACAGCUGAGCUGUUUAGUAACGGCAGUACAUUAACAAAUAUAAAAUGUCAUCUUUUGUCACUGCAUCUCUUACUUACAAUAGCACAAAAAAACAACAAAAAAUCAUCCUGUGUCAAGUGGAGUAAACAGAACCAAACAAUUCAUCAUCAAAUCAAUCAAAAUUUAAUCCAAAAGUCACUGUUGGUGUAGAUUUAAUGUCAAAGCCAAUGAAUUCUCCACUAUUUUCAAAGAUCUAUCAAGGUGAAGAAGUGUUGGUUGUUUCAUAUGUUACAUCGGUCUUGUGGGUGUCAGAGCAGAUUUCUAUUAGACGUGACUGGGAGGGACUUCAUUAAUUCCUUCAUAAAUAGACCAGCAAUUCAGUCAAAGACUGUACCAGACACUCCUGAAGCCCUUGGCACUGUGUAUAACUAUUGAGAUCUUCUGUGAGGUUCAGUCCAGCAGCCGUUACAGAUUCCAGCAUCAAAAAUGAAUAAUUCAGCACAAAACAUCAGCAGAUCAAAAGCAAGAGCAGAGGUGUUAGAAAAACAUGAAUACACCAUAAUAAGAGAACUUGGACAAGGGAAUUCAGGAAGAGCAUUUCUGGUGAAGAAUCCAGAGGAAGAUUUCCUUGUGGUCAAAGAGAUAUACUACAGACAUAAUAGGAAUUUUAAUCUAGAGGCAGUCAAAAAUGAAAUCGAUGUCCUGAAGAAUCUGCACCAUGGAUAUGUUGUUGGAUACGAGGGCUCGUUUGAAGAUAGAGAAUCUGGGUUCUUUUACAUCGUGUCGGAGUACUGUGCAGGAGGAGAUCUUUUCAAGAUGAUGCAAACUCAGAACAACAUAGGGUUUUUUGAAGAACAACAGAUCCUUGAGUGGUUAGUACAGAUUUGUCUGGCUCUGCAGUACCUUCAUAAGAACAAUGUUCUCCACAGAGAUAUAAAACCUCAGAAUGUUUUUCUUACUGAGGAUGGUUACAUCAAUCUAGGAGAUUUUGGAUGCUCAAAAGUGCGGCAAAGUGCUGAUGAAUAUGCUACAUCAGUUGUGGGUGCAGAGCUCUAUACCAGCCCAGAAAUCUAUCAAAACAGACACAAUUCCAAAAGUGACAUAUGGUCAUUGGGAUGGUUGAUCCAUGAUCUCUGCAUGCUGGAUGUGUGGUCAAACAUCAUAGAGCGUCGCUGUGUUCAUGCCAAUAGCUUGAGAGGAACCAAACCUGAUAUCUCAAAUAGGUACUCAAACAAUCUGCAGACAUUAAUCAAAGAAAUGCUCAGCUGUGACCCUCGUGACAGACCUUCAGCUGAUGAGAUUCUAGCAAAACCAUUCCUGAGCAUUGCAGUGAUUAAAAAUAAGGGAAUUCCAGAUGUUCUGCAACGAAACUUGAAGAAAUCCAUCAGGACCUUUAAUGAGGCCUACAACAAACACUUUAAAAACUUUGAGACCUCAGUUAAGGAGUGGGAAAGAACAACAGAUUCACUAGAGUCAAUACAUUAUAAAGCCACAGCAGGGAGUCUGUCAGGAGCAGUGAUCGGAGCAGCUGGAGGAAUCACUGCAUUGGUUGGUGCAGUUCUGGCACCGUUCACAUUUGGAGCAUCUCUGAUUGUAGCAGGUGUUGGUAUUGGUGUUGGAGUAGCAGGUAGUGCAACAGGUGCUGCGUCCAACAUUACCAAUUCAGUAAAACAAAAAUCACUCCGUGCAAGAUUUGAAAAAAUUCAGCAGGACUACAAAACUGCAAGUGAACCAAUUCUCAAUUCACUGAAAGCACUGAGAAAGUUACUGAGAAAAAUUACAAGGUUCCGUGAUUUUGUUCCUAACUCAGAUUUUGAUCAUGCUCAAACAGCAUGGAGAAUAGGCAGAACCGCAGCAGCAGGCAUCACAGAAUUGGUGACUCUUGGAAUGCUGUUAAGUUUUGGCAAGAUUGCCAUUCAGGCUGCUGGUGUUGGACGAGCAGUGGCAGCAGCGUCAGGUGUGUUGAGUUCAGUCUUAGUCAUUGCUGACGUCGCCUUCAUAGUCAGAGAUUCACGAGAGAUUCACCAGAUGAAUCAGCAGUGGAGAACAGACAAUCCUGAAAACGUCACAUCCCCUGUACUCAAGGCCAUUGCUCAGAUGAGGAAAGCACAUAUAGAGCUUUGCAAUGUCUUGGAAGUAAUAAAAGAAACAAGAGAGAAACUAAACAGGCCAAACAUUUAGAGAGUUUAAACAUAUACACAAUAUAAAUCACAGACUCAAGCAAUAUCCUACUGAUUCAUAUGGGAUCUUAAGUGAAGAAAGAGGUUUUUACAGAAAAUGAUUUAGGCUAUGUCCACAUGAAGCUUAGAAAUAAUGCUUUAUUUUGGCUCAGUAGCUUCUGCAGUGAGAACAUCUAGAGUCUGCUAUUGUUGUUGUUAUUACUGUUUUGUGCUGUUAGCGGCGUCUGACUAGGGUCGACACUGGGGUGAUGACAUCGUUCGACAAAAGGGUUAGGCUGUCCUCGCAAAAACGUUAAGACUGCGUUUUCAGAUUUAUCCAAUCUGGGACCCAGACCCAAAAUUUAUGCGUAUUCACAAAAAUGCAUCUCCGUGUGGACGGGGCCUUAAAUGUUUGUUACAUAGAGACAAUAGAUGCAUGAUGUAUGACUUUAUGCAAUCAUUUUGUAAGCUGUACUAUAUCUAUUAUACACAACAAUGGGUCUGAUUCACUAAUAACUGCAUGGAUUAAUUCUACUUAUGUGCAAAGGAGAACUUAUCACAAAAAAAGUCUGUAUAUACACAUGAUUUUGUUCUAAUGUUAAUUAAUUUUAUAUUUCUGAAUGAGUGACCGCACACCUGAGAUUAGUUGCAUGAGGACACCAAAAUCAUCUCCAUAUACAGGCUUUCCUUUACAGCCUUUCAUCACUCUCAGGAAACAUACAAUAACAUUAAUUCUGAACCACAAUAAACACCUUCUAAUACAGACACAGAUUAUGCAUGAAUUGUUUUUGGAAAAAAAUUGUAUAUAGAUUUCACACAAUAUUCAUGUGUACAGUGAAACUAAUGUUUGAGACCCAAUGUUUUCUAUAGCCAGGUUUCCAUCCAAGGAUUUUUUUGUUGUUGUUUUUUUUGCCUAAAAAAAGCUUAGUGCUUUAAAAUGUUUAGCGAUAAAUAGAUAGAUAGAAAUGCCAUUUGUCAAAAAAAUGUCUCAAAUGUCGACAAUCUUUUCCCAUAUAUUUUUAGUGCAUAAAAUCUAUAUAUAGUUCAAAUGUCACGAAAAUUAGUUGGGAAACACUUUUUUGAGAAAAGGGGCUUUAACGCAAACAAAAGUGGUGUCACAUGACAGAAUUAGCCUACAUAGGCUACAGCUUCCGCAAGUUUGUGUGUUGAUCCCAUUAAAGCACUGUUUCUAUGAAAUAUAUAAAAUACUGUCUUGAAAAUCUCUGCAGCUCAACAGAAAUAAGCGGAGGAUCUGUUAAAUUAAAGGGAUAGUUCACCCAAAAAUGAAAAUGUGAUGUUUAUCUGCUUACCCCCAGCGCAUCCAAGAUGUAGGUGACUUUGUUUCUUCAGUAGAACACAAUUGAUGAUUUUUAA